UCAGCAUGUGGGGUUGCAACGUCACCAUCACCUUGGCUACAGGAUCCUGUCUUGGUGAAGGCCGGGUAGAGUUCGGGGGGAGAGAGGCAGGCAAAACCGUGUCAGGCAUCCCACAUCCUGAGUAGGCCUACUGUAUGCACUCACAGAUCAAGUUCCACAUGCAAGUGCUAGGUUUCUCCAUUCAGCUGUUACUCAUUCCAUCCAGUUGCCAAGAAUGUGAACUUCAUAAGAAGAAACAGGUUCCAUCACUGUCCAGGGAUCAGAGUCAAAUGCUCCAAGAUCGGUGCAGUGAGCAGUCAUGGACACUUCUGGCAGCAAGUUACAGCAGAAGGCUCUGCAGCAACCUAAGCAGAAGAAAUCCAAGUCGGCUGAAUUUCUGAUGGGCGGAAUGAAGGAGAGUGCUGUGGUGGAAGGCAUUGAAAACCCUGUCUUCGAUGGCAGCUACAGCACAGAGCUUUCAGCUUCUCAGGCUUCAGCAGGGAGAGAAAUUCAACGUGACAGGCAAGAUAGCACCCUUGCAGCUCACCAACAAAAAAUGGAGCUGCGAGCCCCUGCCAAACCAAGAGUUUCCACAGGAAAUGAGCGUGCCCGAAAUUACUUUGACCCAGCGCUGGUGCAGGAAACCAACCCAAGGCGGUGCGGGAUGGCGGAGGUCGGCACAGAAGAUGAGCUGGAAUUAAAAAUAAUGAACCAAGAUGAAAAGGGCCUAUAUCAGAAAAUGGCUGAAAUGCUGGACACUGACGACGACAUAACCAUCAUAGAGUUACCAGGUAUGGCGCUAGCCCACAGGGAGGAGGAAGAGGUGUGGAAGGUGAGGGCCGGUGAUCCAACGCUGCGUGUCGGUGCCGGUGCUGCAGGCCGUGGGCGCUUCAUGGCGGCAGUGGAAGAAGGGGAAGAAGAGGUGAUCCCCCGCUACGCUCAGCAGCUAAGGGAUCGCAUGCUGCCUGACAUGAUCACGCUUGGCAGCCUUUCACUAGAACAGGAUACACAUCUUCAAAGAGAAGGGAUGUCUCAGGAAAAUGAGUGGGUGAGGAAGAAAAGACUAAUGUCCUUCUUAAGGGGAAAUGCAAAGGAACCCCAGGCCCAGUCACACAGAGACUGUGACCAACAGGAGAGGAUACUGCAAGACAGGCUGUAUGCAGCGUUCCAACGCGCAGAGAGCCAGUUGCUGAAGGCGCUGGGGGAGCGCAAAGGUGAAGUGAUCGCCAAAUACGGCGAGAUGACAGAAGCCUCCGCAGCAGCAGAAUCACCGUGGGCCAGGGAGCCAGGCCUCGGCUGGCAGGUGGAGUGGUCGCAGAGUCCCCAGCCCAUGGAAGUGCGUGUGCGCUGCCUACGGGCAGUCAGGGACAAGCUGCCCAGGGGCCUUUACAGCCUCAGUGUGGCCCUCCACAGCCGUCUGGGAGGUCCCGCCCUCACCUGGUCCUGUCUGAAGGAGGAGCAGUGGGCUGGGACCACAGAGCCCGUGGAGCACGGGGGCCACUUCUACGACACAGAGCUGUACGUCAACCAGAGCCUGUUCACUAUCCUGCCUGCGUCGUGUGACAUGCUGCCCUCCAUGGUCCUGCUGUUCAGGCUGCUGGGCCUGACGGGGGAGCGGAGCCAGGUCGGCACCACACUGGGCUGGGCCGCCUUCCCUGUCUGCCACGCCACCCUCACAACUGUCCAGGGCCGCUUCAAGACCCCCAUCCUCAGGGGGAUCCCGCACCCCCACCUCGACCAGUUCCGCAAGAUAGAAGGCCUUAUGUCAGCCGACCUGGACAACUGGCUGUGUAACCUGUACUUCCAGGUGAGGAAGCUCCCCAGUGGCAGCUCCAGAGGGGAUGAGGAGCACAGUGUCACCCUGCAGAUCCCUCCUCUCCUCGUCCCCCCUUCGCCCCCCCAGGCAGGCCCAAGCGGCACCAGCCCCAGCCGGGGGAGAGGCGGCAUCAAGCCGUGUCACCGGGGGUCCCCUCUCCACCUGUCUGCCUCACACUCCUCCUCUGCCUGCUCCUCCUCCACUCUGCCAGGGAAGAACUCCACAGUAGUGGUCCCUGAGAAAAUAGAGGAGAUGAGAGAUCCCUACACAGAGAAAGCAGAGACAUGGAUGCACUACAAGAAGAAGCCAAUCAACAAGAUAAAUAGCUCGAGCGCCCAUGUAAGAGGGAGCGCGGCACCUCCACCGCUUCUGCAGGGCCAGGCUGACAAACAGGAGACAGCAGCUCCGGCUGCAGCAUCAUCGGAGAAGAGGGAGAAUCUCUGGGCUAAGGAGAUGGAGGAGUAUACGUUCUCCCUACAGCCUGUGCUCUCCUACAGAGGGCCGGGCGGUGGCGGCACCGGCAGUGGUAGCAAUGGUGGGGCUGCUGAGCGUACACAUUUGGCUCUCCGCAUGAUCCCGUCAGAGCUGGGCCUGUCACCGCGGCGCUGGGGCUGGCGCUCCUCCUCAGCAGCAGCAGCAGCACAGCUCUGCCUCAUUAUGCCGCUCCUGGCUUUGAUCUGGUUUGCAAGGCUCUACCUGCAUUACUGCAGCCAGUGGCUCUUCCUCCAGGCCAUCGCAGUUCCUGUCAACAAAUUCCAGUUCCAUGCUCACACCGUGGAGUUGGUCUACCAGAAUUCCUUGCUUCAUACCCGCGAGGAGUUGGCUAUGGUCGUGGUGGGACCUCUGACCUUGAACGCCGUAACGUUGCUGCUGCUCCUGAUCAGAUGGGGCUGUCAGCUAGCGUUUGGCUCACUCCCCUCCUUCACGUCAAACUUUAUCAUGGCUUUGGGAGUGUGGACAGUGCUGGACCCGCUGGCGGUCUUUGUAGUGGAUGCCGUCCUGGGGCGUCUGUCCUACAGUGCAGAGUCUCCUGUUGCGGAUGCAGCCAAGCUCUACUGGCACUUCUACCGGACCGACCAAUCAGGGGCAGCUGGAGUGGUCAUCACCCUCUUCCUCUAUGCCAUCCUCUUCCUCCUCUCCACCACCAUCCUCUACCUCUACUUCCUCAGACUCCACAACGAGGGGCGCAUGCUGGACAUCUUCCAGCGUCUCAGCGUGACCGAGGGAUCCUUCUUCGUCCCCCGGGACCUGGAGGUGUCCAACCAGGAACUAGACUACAUCAUCCAGAAGGCCGAGCAGUGGAGGGGCUUCAACGGAGAAAGACGCAAGGUAUCAGUGUAUGACUACAUCUGGACAGAGGAGGGCCCCUGUGCCCCCCCCAGGGGUGACCCUCGUGGGGCCGUGCCCGCUGCAGGUGGAGAGAGCAGUACCCACGUGUCUGUCUACACCCUCUACCUGAGCGGGCAGCGCCACCGUUACAGGCACUUCCUACGCCAGCCGGACGGUGCCAUCCUAGAAGUGAUUGGUGACAUGGACGGGGCAGAGCCUCCUCUCAGCACUAUGCCCCGCCCAGGUCAGAGGACACCAGAGGUGAACCAGGAAGACGAAGGCACAAGCUCCACCCUCCAACUCAGGGAGAGGAAAAGGAGGAAGCCUGUUUGGCGUACUCAUCGCGUCGAGCCAGUAGGAGACAGUGGGCAUGGCUCGAGCUGCACUGCAAGGCCUUAGCCACUAAUGUCACUGUGAAGUGAAACAAAGCAGGAGAGGACACCCAGAAACCUCGACUUGUGUGGCGUGAAGGCGGAAAAAAUCACAACAAACAAGACAAAUGGGUAUUUAUUUGACUAAAAUAACGCCUUGGCCAUAAAGAGAAAUGAGGAAUGAUGUGUCAUAUUUGUGCUCUGGUUAAAAGAUGACUUGUUUCAUUGGACAUUGAAAUUUCAUGAAUAUAUUUCCAAAUGCCUGGAAAAAGAGAAUUCAUCAUUAAGUUUGUGCGGGCUAUAAUGUCACGUUAGGGAUUAUUCAAUUUCCUAAUGCAUUGUGCAUGUCACUAUGGCUAGUGAUGCAUACCUUCCUGGGCCCCUUGAGAGGGAAGGUGUAGGGUGUACAUUACUGGUUGGCAAAGAUGGAUGCCAGAGUUUUGGGUCUCAUCAUAAAACUACUUAAGACAUAAAACUACUCCUAAUCCUAACUAUGUUGACCUCAACAUUUCUUCAACUUAGACUGUCUCCCUAAAUAUUACUGUUCUUAACCACGACUUUCCCAACUAGGACUUUUCUGUUUGCGGAGAACGGCCGCUGGAUCCUAAUGGCUGAAAGUCUUCAGCACAGAGUCAUCUGGAGAGACAAGGCACAGCGGCUCCUUAGAUGAUUAAAAAGUAAUUUUCUUAACUGUCCUCAUAGGAUUUGUAAAAAAAUAAAUGUUCAAAAAUAACAUUAAAUUGCUCCAAUCAAGCAUA